AUGGCGACAGCCCCACCGACUCUGCAUUCUGGACAGCUGCCGCCGUGCGGCGUUCGCGGGCGAGGGGAGGGUGAAGAAACGAGCUCCGACGAGAAUCGCCUUCGGGACACCUGCUUUGAACCUCCUGGUCCCUGUACACCUGACCACGCGGCUUUGCCUUCCUCGCCUUCUUUUCGCUGCGAAGCUGCGAUUUUCCCUUCGCUGCCAGCAACCCCGAGCUUGGCUGCUCCCGAGACUUCUCCAGAUAGCGUCUCCUUGGAGACGGACCCAGGGAUUGAGUCCCCGUCGCGAUCGCAGUCUCGGCCCUCUCUCGCCUCGUUCGAUCCGACGUCUCUCUUCCUCAAAACUCCCCCCAUCUCUUCUCUCUCUGGUUUCUCCCGCUCUUCUUCCUCUUCCUCUUCUUCCUCUUCCUCUUCCUCUUCUUCUUCCUCUUCUUCCUCUUCCUCGUCUUCUCUCCGUUCGUCUGGGCAGUCGUUAGGUUCUCGCUCGGCGCUUUCUGGCCCUUCCUCACUGGCCGGACACCCGCGACAGAGCGGCGCGAAGUCCACGAUGCCUCGCGAGCGUCGGCCGUCUCCUUCGGCUUCUUUGUUGACGCGCAAUGCGAGCACGGAAGAGACGAAGCCUCGCGGGAAAGCGAGCGGAGACACAUCUUCAGCGCGUCGCCGUCUUCCGCCUUUGCCUCCACAGUCGAAACCUGGCACGCAGCAGAGAGCCGUCGCUGGAGGAUCGCAGCCAAGCUCGCCUGCCUCCUCGAAAAACGGCCGCUCAAAGCCCGUCCAGAAGAAACGUACCCUUGCUCGCGACGGCUCGUCAGAUAAGGAAGAGGGAAAGCGAGACUCAGAAUCCGUCUCAGCUUCCAACUCUGUCGCCAGCGCGGCUUCCAAGGCCGCUUCCAAGUCGGCCCUGAAGGCCAAUUCGCAGGCAGGCGUGAGUCGCAAGGGGGGAGGCGCUACGGAGGUGCUGCCUUUGCGUUCGAGAGACAGCGGCCUCGGCCGUUGCGUGGAGGCGAACGGCGCGAAGUGCAGCGAUGGGCCGGAGAGAGACCGCACCGAUCUUUGUCGCUCUCUCGAAGCCCCGGCCAGUCCGAGGCCGCGCUCGAUGCGGGGACUCCCCUCGUCUCGGCCGCACUUACUUCUUCCAGCCGUCCUCGGCGACCCGAUCUUCAGCGUGGACCUGGAUGCAUGUGUCGGCGUUGUCGCGGGCAGUUUGCUCGGCCGGGUGUCCGCGCACCUGUUUGAUCGCGAAGGCUGGCCGCCUGCGGGGAAGCGCGAAGACGCGGGAGGGGUUCCGCCCUCGUCGCCUGGCGACUCGACCUCGCUGUCGCUUUUGUUUGCGUCUCCCUCGAAGGCGAGGCGUGCCUCGUUCUCCAGACAGCGCGCGAAGACGUUCCUGGCUGCUCUCCCGGGCGCAGAGGCCGUCGGCAGAGUGAAGACGACCGUCGCGAGAAUGAAACGCGCGGCUUCGAGCGCGGUCAGAAACACUCUCUACCCGACAGCCGUCACGCAUCCGCCGCCUCUCCAUCCGCACUGCUACUGCGGGGAGGCAGACAGCGAAGGAGAGAAGAAGCUCGCGUGGGCGAAGCGCGGAGGGCGAGGAGACGCGGAGACGCACGGGGGACAAGGGAAACGAGACCACCCCGAGGAGCAGGGGGAACUGGAGACGAACGGGAAUGGCGACGCUCAUGAGAAAGGGGGCGAGCGGAAUCUCCACGACGACGGCGAGAGGCCGGCCGCGAAACGAGAGGCAGGGAGCGGCGCGCCGAGGCAACAUGCCACGACGCGCGACACAGUCGAAGGCGAGGAAAGCGAAGAAACUGGGAGAGAGGAGCGUGAAGUCGAGAGGCGCGAAUCGCGAGACACGAGAAAGAAGGUUGAAUCCGACGAGUGCUUGGAAACCAAGAGGCAAAGAAAGGUCGGAGCGCGGACUCGCGGCUGGCACGGGUCGCACCUGCUCGCCGCUCCGCUCCUCCCUCUGCGUGUCUUCCGAGCGCGAAAAAACAGAGGAACAGACAAGGAUACGUGCCACAUGUGCACAUCACUCAAGGGGCUCUUUGUACUCUUUGCUGCCUACGGCGAUGACGCGUGCUCCAGUGUCAGCAUCAGUCCGUCGUGCGUCUACUCGAUCUUCGGGAUGAGCGAGAUUGUACGGUGGGAAAGCAUAUCGCUGAAGUGUCUCGGAGGCGAGCGCGUCUCGCCCUCGCAGUUUGCGCCCCACAGGUCCGCCCACAGCACAACCACGUUCUUCGUUAGUCGCCAUCCGAUUCGCUCUUCGCGUCGAGCACUCACCGAGCGAGGACGCAUCUUUGCAGGAGGCGGCGGCGUCGGCCUCGUCAUUUCUCUAGGCUGCGACGCCUACGACGAUUUGCAAAAAUUCUUUUGCAUUCCCCUUUGGCGGAGCUUGGAGGCAAACUCCAUGGUUGUCGUUGACUGCGACGGCAUCUUCCUUCUGUGCGUGAUGAGCGACUGCAUCUCGGGUUCGCGCUACUUCUACCUCGUCGACAUGCGUGGUUCGUGCAGCCGAGAAUUCAAGGAGAACUACAGCUGGUCGACGACGCGGAAGAGUUUCAUGCAUAAGUUCGUGGCCUACCGGCGCGAGGCGCCCAAGCACUUCUCGCUGGCGAAGAUUUUCCGGAAUUCCUUCUUACUGGUGUGCGAAGGCAGCCACGCGAACCGCAUUGUCGUCUACGACGCCUCCGCGGCGAUCGUUCAGCACACCGAAGAGCGAAAGAGGCAGGCGAUGGAAAUGCGGCGGAGACGCCAAGAGGGACCAGCCGAGGCCGAGACUCUCGAGGACUUGCCUUGGAACGAGGACGCGCUCUGCGACUUGGAAGGGGACUGCGGCCUCUGGGAGGUGGAGAGCUUCGAGCGAUCCAAGGCUCCCACCGUUCCACUGGAUCGAGCAACGCCCGUGCACACCUUUGUUGGGCAUUUGACGACUAUCGUCGCCUUGGAUGCGAAUCGCGAGGACGAUCUGAUUUUCUCGCUCGGCUCCGACGCGAAACUUUUUCUCUGGCGCUGGCGGUUCACAGCGCCGCUCAUGGUCUUCGACUGCUCGCCCGCCACCUUCAACCUCGGCUGGCCUUGGGUUCUCGUGAGUGACGAGGACAUUGUCGCCUUUUCCUGUGAUCACCGCGGCACUCCCAGAGGAGGCUGUUGGUGCCGCUGUCUCGCCCAGGGAAGAAGUCUUGUUCGAACGGUGAAGACCUAA